GCAUGGACUCUGUCGUGGGCACCCCUGAGCUGUGGUACCUCCUGUGGGGGUUGCCUGUGGUACUAUCUGUACUACACGCUGUUCUGAUGUUCUGGCUGCCGGACUCGCCACAGUCACUGUACGACCACGGCAAGCCACAGAGGGCGCAGCACGCACUGCAGCAGAUACGGGGCCACAAGUACGAUACACAGGUGGAGAUGAGCGAACUGGCCAGGAACCACCGGAUCAAAGAGGAUACG